CCAGGAAGCGGCAUUCCAGGAUUCAAGCCGGAGAUCUCCUGGAUAGUGUUUCUAGUGUAGUCGUGGCAGACGGAUUCAAGUGCCUCACUGCGCAGACGCGGAAAUAAUUUCCAAACCUCUCCUACCUACUGGCUGCUCCCGCCUCAAACUGGCAAUCCCGCUAUCCAAUCAUAGAACGUCCCCAUUUGUUCCGCCUAUCCUUCGCCCGGAAGUUGAUUACUGCCAAAUCCACUUUGGCGAGAGUUCUCCAUAGCCAAUUGGAAAAAGGGGCAAAGGGAACCUGUGCUGCCCAAGAGCCAAUGACGGAUGGCGAAGGAUGACGCUAUGGAUAUGGCGGCCGCAAUCGGCCUAAAGGGGUACGUGUCCGGCUGCCGGGUAACCUCUGUUCGUGCCCCGGGAGAGGAGCAGCUGUCUUGUUAGUAUUCGUACUCGCAAGGCAGCCCAGUCGGCCUUCAGGGAGAACGAGUCGCGACCAUGGCUUAUCACUCGGGCUACGGAGCCCACGGUUCCAAGCACAGGGCCCGAGCAACUCCAGAUCCCUCUUCUCUCUUCGAUGACACGAGUGGUGGUUAUUCCAGCCAGCCCGGGGGAUACCCAGCCCCAGGAGUUGAUGUGGCCUUCAAUGUCAACCACUUGCUUGGUGACCCAAUGGCCACCGCAGCUAUGGCCUAUGGCAGCUCUAUUGCAUCUCAUGGAAAGGACAUGGUGAACAAGGAGCUGCACCGUUUUGUGUCUGUGAACAAACUCAAGUAUUUUUUCGCUGUGGACACAGCCUAUGUGGCCAAGAAACUAGGGCUUCUGGUCUUCCCCUACACACACCAGAACUGGGAAGUACAGUACAAUCGCGAUGUGCCUCUGCCCCCACGACAAGACCUCAACGCCCCUGACCUCUAUAUACCCACGAUGGCCUUCAUCACCUAUGUGCUGCUGGCUGGGAUGGCCCUGGGCAUUCAGAAAAGGUUCUCCCCAGAGGUGUUGGGCCUGUGUGCGAGCACAGCACUGGUGUGGAUGGUGAUAGAGGUGCUGGCUCUGCUCCUGGGCCUCUACCUAGCUACUGUGCGCAGUGAACUAAGCACCUUCCACCUGCUUGCCUACAGUGGCUACAAAUAUGUGGGGAUGAUCCUCAGUGUGCUCACCGGGCUGCUGUUCGGCAGUGAUGGCUACUACGUGGCCCUGGCCUGGACCUCUUCUGCACUUAUGUACUUCAUUGUGCGCUCUUUGCGGACAGCAGCCUUGAGCCCCGACAGCAUGGGUGGUCCUAGCUCCCAGCAGCGUGUCCAGCUCUACCUGACUCUGGGAGCUGCAGCCUUUCAGCCCCUCAUCAUAUACUGGCUGACCUUCCACCUGGUCCGGUGACACCCUGGCUCCAAAUGGCACUGAUUUUUCCUUACAUUGAAGAUUUGGUUUCCUUCA